AUGGAUCACAUGGACGUAGACACCACGCUCCGCCUCUCCAACACGCCCCCAGACCGCCGCCGCCGCCCCCGUCGCCGGAGGAUCAGCCCCAACGGUCUGGCGCGGUUCGCCAGAGAAAAGAAGCUGGAGAAGUCGGACGUGAGGGAGAAUAUGAACCGGCUGUUCGUGACUGCGAAGGGGACAAAGAAGAUGAAAGAGGGAUUUAUGACGGAGGAAGAAAAGCGGGCCAUCUGGCCGGAUGAGGAAGGGCCCGCCGGGAUUGAAUUCACCGGACUGGAUAAGGCGGGAAGAGAGCACAAACUGGGGAUAACGAUUUGGAGAAGCUUGGGCAUGACCGCCAUAAAGACUGAAUGGGUCAAGAUGGUUGAGGCUAACGAGGCAAAGGCAGGUGAUUGGGUGGACGUUUGGGGCUGCCGGACACCGGGUCAACAGGGUUUCCGGCUGGUCUUCAUUUUCACCGCCGGUGGUGGGGGAGAUUUGAUUGUCUGA